AUGGGUGCCCUUUCAAAAUUCGACCAGGUGCGGCUGCUGGCUUCGACGCUCACCCUCAAGCAGUACGGACCUGGUCUCUGCGGUCUUGCUGCGUUUUUCGCUGUCAUCAAAUGGUACAGCAAGGCGGCCAAAGCCUCGCGAUCAAGGGCCAUCGUAACGAAAAGCGGUCGGCCUUCUUCGAAGGACAGAGCCCAUGUGGAUGGAGCAUUUAUCAAGAAACUCUGGCGUAUACUGAAGAUUAUCGUUCCUAGCCCAUUCAGCGCAGAGAUGUUCUACAUGCUAUUGGUGGCAGUAUCACUUCUUUGUAGAACUUAUGCUGACCUCUACAUGAUCAUCACUGCUACCGGAAUUGAGGCAUCUAUAAUCUCUCGCGAUAAGCUGCAGUUUCUGAUGAAAGUGGUGCAAUACGGAAUGGCUAUGCCAGCAAUUUCUUUUGGAAUCAGCGAGAUGAAGCUCCGGUUUCGUGAACGACUAACCAAACAUCUCUACAGCCAGUAUCUGAAGGGUUUCACCUUCUACAAGAUGUCAAAUCUGGACAAUCGAAUCCAAAACGCCGAUCAACUUCUUACCCAGGAUGUCGACAAAUUUUGUGACGGGCUUGUGGAGCUCUAUUCAAACCUCACUAAGCCUAUCGUCGACGUGUUACUUUAUGUAUCCCGUAUUGGAAGUGCACUGGGAUGGAGCGCUCCAGUGAUACUUUUCUCCUACCUUCUUGGAUCAGGCGUGUUCCUCACGUAUCUUAGGAGGCCGAUCGGUCGACUCACGGUGCAGGAACAGGCACUCGAGGGCGAAUUCAGAUUUGUUAACUCUCGCCUCAUAAUGAACAGUGAAGAGGUCGCAUUCUAUCAGGCAAGUAUUUUUACCGAAGCGCAAGGCAAUGACCGCGAAAGAACGACGCUCCUAGGCUCCUUCGCAAACUUGGUCAGUCACCUGAGGAAGGUGAUCCUGUUCAGGUUUUCCAUAGGAUUCGUAGACAAUAUCGUUGCUAAGUACGCGGCUACUGUAAUUGGAUGGUAUGCUGUUGGACGACCAUUCUUCGAUCAUAAAAACGAAUUUAUCAACGGGUUAAACAGAAACCAGCUCAUCCAGGAAUACUACAACUCUGGGCGAAUGAUGUUAAAACUAGCAGAAGCGCUCGGACGUUUGGCUCUGGCGGGUCGAGAAUUGACGCGACUCUCCGGGUUCACCACAAGAGUGGACACUCUAUUGAAUGUCCUCAAUGAUUUGACCAGUGGGUCAUACGAACGAACUAUGAUAACUGAUAAUAAUAGCGAGAUGAACGGUCUUGUUAAAAAUUGCUUAAGGCCUGGAGCAGGCGAGCUUAUAAUUCGUGAUAAUGUGAUCCGAUUCGAGGGGGUUCCCCUUGUCACGCCUAAUGGUGACGUCUUGAUCGAUAGGCUGGACUUCGAGGUACCAUCUGGAAGGAAUGUGUUGGUUUGUGGUCCAAAUGGGUGUGGCAAGAGCUCGUUGUUCCGAAUUCUUGGCGAGCUGUGGCCACUGUUUGGUGGACGGCUCACAAAACCAGCCAAAGGAAAGCUGUUCUACGUACCUCAAGUAAGCACUAAGAUAACUAUCAGCUGUUGA